AAUGCUCAGUCAUUACUAAUUCCGGAAUAGAAGGCCAAUAUAUAGCGAACAAAUAUGAGAUCCGUAGUGACAAAUUUAACUUAUACCCAAAAUCCAUUAGAAUCUCAUUUCCUGCUACUAAAUUGUUUUUGUUUUUACUCCGAUGUCCCGAUUAACUAGAUUUGCGCCGCAUAAGACCAUUAAAAAAAAAAACUAUCUCCACCAUAAUUUUUUUCAUUACCAGAACUCAAAUUCAAGACGUCUAAUUAAAUAUGGAGAAAUCAUAUUCACCCUAUUGUAACCCUUAAUUAAUUACUCUAGUAUUUAUCAGUUAAUGCAUUUCUUAUUUCUUUUUAUUUCCCCCGUGAAUUAAUGCAUUUUUGUUAAUGUUUUUCUUAAAUCAUAGGGAAGCAGUUUUCAAACGUCCUUACCUUUUUUGUCCGUCUUUAAAGUGAGCCAUUCGCUUGAAUAAUUUCUCUCCCUCUAUAAAUAUCACGACCAACAUCUACGUACAUCCUCAUUCCAUUCUUGUUUUUCUUCUAACCCCUUCUACUAUUUUGAGAUCCCAAAAAUGGAGAAUUUAGAUGCCAAAAAUAUGCCAAGCCCACCACUGAAACCUUACAAAUGUUUGUUGAAGACCCAAAUUUUCCUGAGAAUUUUGGCAACUGCAUUCACAUUGGCGUCCACUUGGAUUAUUCUCACCAGCAAGCAGACUGUCACUGUCUUUGGACUUGAGAUGGAUGCUCGAUAUAGCUACUCACCAAUUUUCAAGUUUUUUGCGUUUGCAAAUAUCAUUGGAUGUGCCUUCUCUGUUUUGUCCCUGUUUCUUGCCUCUGUUUUAAGCCAUAAGUGUCUUGACCCAAAGAACUACUUUUACAUGUUCCUUCAUGAUUUGAUUGUGAUGGCAGUGCUGCUAGCUGGAUGUGCAGCAGCGACUGCAAUUGGAUAUGUGGGGAAAUAUGGAGAGAGCCAUUCGGGAUGGAUGCCCAUUUGUGAUCAUGUCUCAAAAUUCUGUCACAAGGUUACAGAUAGCGUCAUGCUCUCCUAUUUUGCUGUGCUUUUCUACCUCUGUCUCGCUAUAAUCUCCGCAAAUCAAUCUAGACAGAUCCAAGUUUAACACAGUUUAGAAAUAUCUUAAUUAGCAGUGAUGAAGUCCAAAAAGGUUGGUUUAGCUGCAACAUAACAUAGCAGAAGUAGAAACCAAAAACUGAGCAACUAAUGGUUUAUUCUUCACUAUUUUGAAUUGAUGCAAGGCUAUUUAAGGGAUACCCGAGUCCUGAGAGCUGACGAUUAAAUGAAGCUGGAGAUAAUUGUUGAUCUCAGGAUUAUGCUCAAUUUCAAAGGCCAGUUGCGCGUUGUGUGAUCUUAGCAAUUGUUAUACUGUUCUGAAUUGAUGCAGCUGAUCAAUUGCUCUUUCGUAUUUUGAGUUCAGCCCUAUUUAGCUCAA